CUUCAUAUUUUCGGCUUCUUGGCUCAUAAUACCUGGGACCCGUCCCCUUUGCUGUGAUUGUCGCACUCCCAAAUACAUCGCAUGCUUGGAUCUUCGGCCCCCCGUCCCUCCAUCCGGUGAAACCUUACGCUUUGCUGCAACACUGCUGUUGCACCCGAAAGAGGAAAAUAAUAUAUAACCUUACCACGCCCCCGCCCACAUUCCUACACCAUGGCUGGAGGAGACGUUCCCGCGAACGGCACCCCGGUCUCAUCCGGAGGACCCGAGGCUGGCGGCAGCUCGGACCCGGCGUACGGCGUCAGCAAGCUGUCGCUCGCCACGCGCACCGUCCAUGCCGACGACGGCAUCAGCGCCCACCGCGCCAUCGCGCCGGCCUUGCACGUCUCCACGACGUUCAGGUACAACCGCGACCCGGACGAGCUGCGGUCAGGGGACAAUGCCGACCCCGCAGCCCCGGGCGAUUCGCACAUUUACUCGCGCUACUCGACGCCUAACACGACCCGCUUCGAGGCCAUCCUCACCUCGGUCCUCGGCGGGCCCUCGCUGACCUACUCUUCGGGCCUGUCGGCUUUCCACGCCAUGCUGGUCUACCUGAACCCGAAGCGCAUCGCCAUCAGCGGCGGGUACCACGGCUGCCACGGCGUCAUCAAGAUCCUGACCAAGCUCAACGGGCUGCAGCAGCUCGAGCUCGACGAGGCGUCGCUCGAGCAGCUCGAGGCGGGCGACGUCGUGCACGUCGAGACGCCGCUGAACCCGACGGGCGAGGCGCGUGACCUGGCCUACUUCAAAAGGGUCGCCGAGCGUAAGGGCGCUUACCUCACGGUCGACGCGACGUUUGCGCCGCCGCCGCUGCAGGACCCUUUCCGGCUCGGCGCCGACGUCGUGAUGCACUCCGGGACCAAGUACUUUGGCGGGCAUUCGGACAUGCUCUGCGGCGUGCUGGCCGUCCACCCGAAGCACGCGGACGAGUGGAUGCCGAACCUGGUCCUGGAGCGCUGCUUCAUCGGCGGCGUCAUGGGCAGCAUGGAGGGCUGGCUGGGCGUGCGGUCGAUGCGGACGCUGGAGCUGCGCGUGGGCCGCCAGUCGCAAUCCGCGACGGAGCUCGUCCGCUGGCUCGACGCCGAGAUCCGCCGGGACCCGUCGGGCGUCGUCGGCGGCGUCGUCGACCGGGUCUUGCACGCGAGCCUGCAGAAGGAGGACCUGGCGGGCGGCGAGGGCUGGCUCGCGAAGCAGAUGCCCGGCGGCUUCGGCCCCGUCUUCGCCAUCUUGCUGAAGGACGCCGAGGACGCCAAGAGGCUGCCGAGCAAGAUGGGGCUGUUCCACCACGCGACCUCGCUGGGCGGCGUCGAGAGCCUGAUCGAGUGGCGUGCCAUGAGCGACAGCGGGUGCGAUAAGAGGCUGCUGAGGGUCAGCGUCGGUGUCGAGGGGUGGGAGGACCUGAGGGACGACCUGGUGCAGGGUUUCAAGCAGUUGAUCGAGGAGAAGAAGAAGAGGGCCUGAAGGCUGUUUGUCUACUCAGGGAUGAUGGACUUUCAAGUACCAGGUAGAUCGAUAGGUAUAUGGUAUCCACAAUAGAAUAACCUUUCAGGGUUCAGAGGAGAAGGACACUUGCCAAUUGCCCUUUCAUGGCACUUGA